CUUUCCGCGUUUCGACGAUUAUAUCCAUGCGCCAAUCCAUCGUUCCAUACAAAAACCACCAACAAGAGCCUUCAUUGAUUGUACAUAGUACAACCAUUGCUGUGGGGUAAGGUCGGCGAUCUUCGGAACCAUAUAUGCCUCGAUUGAGGCUCCAAGCGAGUUCGCCGUCAGGUUCGCUUGAAAUGCAGGGCGGAGAGGAGAAGCAUCGUUCGCCGGCGCUGUUCGUCAUCCUCGGCGGAGUGGUUUUGCUUCUUCUUAUCCUGCUGCUGGUUUUGUUUUUGUUUCGGAGAUUUGUUAAGCCGGAGAAUCUGCGGCGGCUCUUCGAUCGGAGAACGAAGAAACCUGCAGUAACGAAAGAUGUGCUGAGUGGAAAUCUUCGAACGAUUAGCUACUUCGAUUUCGAGACAUUGAAGAAGGCGACGAAGAACUUCAACCAGAAUCAUCUUCUGGGGAGAGGUGGAUUUGGACCUGUUUUCAUGGGUAAGUUAGAAGAUGGUCGGACAGUAGCCGUAAAGCAACUCUCAGUCGAAAAAUCUCAACAAGGAGAACCGGAGUUCCUAGCGGAGGUGAGGAUGAUCACAAGUAUACAACACAAGAACCUCGUUCGCCUUCUAGGUUGUUGCUUCGAUGGAUCCCAUCGCCUGCUUGUCUACGAGUACAUGAAGAACCGGAGUUUAGACCACAUCGUCUACGGAAAAACAAAUAUAUAUUUGAACUGGACUUCUCGAUUCCAGAUAAUACUCGGGAUUGCUCGAGGAUUGCAAUAUCUCCACGAAGACUCGCAUGUACGAAUUAUUCAUCGGGAUAUUAAAGCGAGCAAUAUUCUCCUUGAUGAGAAAUUCCAUCCCCGAAUCGGGGAUUUUGGAUUGGCUCGGUUUUUUCCGGAAGAUCAAGCUUAUCUUAGUACUAAAUUUGCGGGAACCUUAGGAUACACUGCACCUGAAUAUGCCAUUAGAGGAGAGCUGUCGGAGAAAGCCGACAUCUACAGUUUUGGUGUUCUUGUGCUCGAAAUUAUUAGCUGCCGCAAAAAUACUGACCUCACUCUUCCAUCAGAAAUGCAGUACCUCCCCGAAUAUGCAUGGAAACUAUACGAGAGGGGCAUGUUGGCCAACCUCAUAGAUCCGAGGCUAAAACAAGAUGGCAUUAUCGAAAACGAUGUUCUACAAGUGAUCCGUGUAGCGUUUUUGUGCUUACAACCUCAGGGCGAUUUGAGGCCACCGAUGUCGGAGUUGGUGGCAAUGCUGACGUGUAAGGUCGAAGUGGAUCGGAUACCGGCAAGGCCGACUUUUUUGGACAGGAAGCCAAGGAUAGGAGACAAGAUUUCAUGGGAUUCAAUGUCGGAACCUUUCCCUUCGCUAAAGAGUGAUUCUAUUUCUCCCUCAUUUCUUAGGGUUCCUAAGUAAAAAAAUUGUGUUUGUUUAGUGAAAUUAUUUGAAGAGAUAUUUUUUUAUGUGAGAUAUAGAGAAUUGUGUAAGUAAUAUAAAAAUAAUAAGUUGUAAUAUAUUGAUUUUUAUUUUUAUUUUUUAUUUUUGUAUAUAUAUUAAUUUUUUUUGUAAUAGUAUAUAACUUGGGUGUGUUUAUUUUGU